AUAAAGUAGAAAGUAAAGAACAAAACUGGUUUCACCGAUAAUCUCAGUCCUUGGCUGUCUGUCUUUGCGAGAAGAGUUGAAUUUUUAAAAAACUUUUGAUAAAUGCGAAAUCUUAUCAAUCACACCCAAGAUGUUUGAGAAGCAUUAUCUUUUCACAGUUUGUGUAUUUAAGUGAACAAUUUAUGUGAUUUGUGUUACAAAGUGGCUAUUUUAACAAUAAUAGAAAUAGUGAUUCUACAAAUUGGAAACUAUAAACAAGGGAACAAAAAAUGGAAAACUGUCUAGCACAGAUGACUUGUGGUGCAACUGGAGGUGGAAGUGCAGGAUUACUUUUUACACAUCUUAUGCAAACACUUCUGGCAGCACAAUGCGCUCUAAAUACCGAUAAUCUUUAUCCUCCUGACAGAACAUCAGAAAUUCUUUCCAAAAAUGUUGAUUUUGAUUUUAUAAUAGUCGGAGGUGGAACUGCAGGUUCUGCUCUUGCGAGUCGUCUUUCGGAAAAUAAAAAUUGGAAAAUACUUCUAAUCGAAGAAGGUAAAAAUCCAUCUGCCGUUAGCCGUAUUCCAGCAUUUAUGUUUUCCUUGUAUAAAAGUGAGGAAGAUCAUGGUUACAAGACAGAAUCAAGUGAUGAUUAUUGUCAAGGACAAGUUGAUAACAGUUGUCAUUGGGCGAAAGGUAAAGUACUUGGAGGAAGUUCCGCUAUUAAUGCGAUGCUCUAUAUUCGUGGAAAUCACAGAGAUUACAACCAAUGGUCAGAAUUGGGAAAUAAAGAUUGGAGUUAUGAUAAAGUUUUGCAGUAUUUUAAAAAAUCUGAAGGUUACACACCGGAAUUUGUCGCUAAAAAUGGCAAAAAGUACUUUGGCACAGGUGGUCCAUUACGGAUAAGGAAAUACAAUUACACAAGUACUUUGUAUGCUGAUGUCUUCUUGCAAGCUGCUCGCGAAUUAGGAAUUCCGAUUUUGGAUACUUUUAAUGGAGAGACACAAAUGGGUUAUGGAAAUGCUGAUGGUACGAUUGAUAAUGGAUUGCGGUAUAGCGUGGGAGAAGCAUUCCUUUCGAUAGCAAAGGACAGAAAGAAUCUCUAUCUAAUGAAAUCGACAAAGGCGGAGAAAAUCAUCAUGUCAGGAAAUAAAGCAUUUGGUGUUCGAUUGAAAUUGAACAACGGACAAAUUUUCGAAGCAAAAGCAUCUAAGGAAGUAAUUCUAUCAGCCGGAAGCAUCGCCACUCCGCAAAUAUUAAUGCUCUCUGGAAUAGGUCCACGUGAACAUCUUCAAGAAAUGGGGAUUGAUAGUAUCGUAAAUUUACCAGUAGGACAACACUUAGAGGAUCAUAUCACGAGCUAUGGGGUCUUAUUGACAUUCCAUAAUGUAACCGGUGUUCCAGUAAAACCUACCUACAUGCUAGACGAACUCUACAAACUUUUAGUGCAUAGAACUGGUGACUUUGCAUCAAUCGGCGGAGCUCAGCUCUUGGGAUUCGUGAACGUUCAUGAUAAACUUGCCAAAUAUCCAGACAUUCAGUACCAUCAUUUUCAUUUACCAAAAGGGCAGUUCCCGCAAUUAGAAUCUGUAAUUAAUGCUCUGCACAUGUCACCCGAAAUAGGAAAUGAAUUAAGAAAAUUGCUCCAAGAUGAUGAUCUUAUCGCCAUAUGGCCAACACUUCUAAAUCCCAAAAGUUUGGGAGAAGUGAAAUUAAGCAGUUCAGAUCCAAACGAUGUGGUGAAAAUAAUUUCCAAUCAAUUGUCUCAUCCGUAUGAUAUGGAAACGAUGGUUAAAUCCAUUAAGUUCUUGCGUUCCUUUAUAAAUACAAAAACCUUCCAAGAGCUUGGUAUUAAAUUGGUGAACUUAAAUAUUCCUGGAUGUGGUCAUACAAAAAUGGAUUCAGAUGAAUAUUGGAAUUGUAAUUUUCGUCAUACCUGUAAUACACUUUACCAUCCUGUGGGAACAGCAAAAAUGGGUCCAUCCGAUGAUCCGGAAGCUGUUGUUGAUACGAGAUUAAGAGUUUAUGGAGUUAAAAGUCUUAGGGUUGUUGAUGCAUCGAUUAUGCCGAAAAUUCCCAGUGGAAAUACAAAUUCACCGACGCUUAUGGUGGCAGAGAAAGCUGCCGAUAUGAUUAAGGAAGAUUGGAACUACAAAGAUGAAUUAUAAAUUUAUACUCUGCUAACGAAAAACAUUUUUAGUCAUGUCUUUUGGGUUGCUACAUCUCAGUUAUACAAAUACUCAGUCUACAAAUACUUGGUAUUCUUCUGUGUUUUUGAUAGAUCAAUCCGAAUGUGACGUAGAAAUCCAAAGAUUGAAAGUGGAUUUUAAUUUUUUUAAUGAAUCUUCUCUGGGUCUCUGGGUCCUAAAAUGACUUUAAAAUUCAAAAUGGCUUUUAUAAAAAAAGGGAUGAAUUUUUUUGAAACAUUGUACCUUUAUAUUUCUUGCGUCAUAAAAUCCGAAUAUGACAAAAAAUUCAAAAUGUCUGAUCUAAUAUGGCAGAUUAAAAUUAUAAAAAUGGGUAUAUUUUCAUGAAACUUAGUAUGUUUAUUAUUUUUAGUUCACUAAAUACGAAUGUAACUUUAAAAUUCAAAUUUUUAAAAUAGCGUACUAAAUAUGGCGAGUCGUUUAAAAAAUAAGUAGAUUGUCAUAAAACUAUUGUAAUCUUUAUAUUCUUCUCAAUGAAAAUCAUGAAUUUUAAA